CUUUUGAGGAUUUGGGAGAUGGGGGGAGGAAAAGAAGCAAAGGCGUAAAGGGGUGGGUCUUGGCCAGUAGGUUUAUACCAUGUGAAUAAAAAUCUGUUUCCAAUUUAUCUUUCCCAGGCCUGAAGCCAGUCUUGCAGACGGGUUGGAGUGGACGUUGGAUGACAGAACUCUGGGUCAUGCAGGGCACUGGAGAGCCAAGGGCAGGGAGUCUCAGCCACGGCCUGUCAGGAGAAGCCCCUAGGGGCUGGUCUCCCCUGUUGACCGUUGGUUGGAGGGGGUGCCCGCCGAGGUGAGGAAAUGCAGCCGCCAAGUCUUGGACAACCUGAAACCUUCAAGCCCCCAGAAGAACCUCCAAAUCUCAGAACCUCCCUGUCAUUGCAGCGUAGAAUUUAAAACCUGAGACCGUUGUGCUCAAGGAAACCUGGCGGUUGCAAAGCCCAGCACCAGUGGAACGCAGGGCCCCUAUCCGCCAGCUCUGUGAUAUUGGGCAAGUUGCCCGACUACUUCGUGCCUCCGUUUUCCCCAUCUGUAUAACGGCCAUGAUGACAAGAUGGAUCUCCAAGGGCUGUGGUGAGGAUUGAACACGAUAAUGCCUGCCCUCGGACAAGGACCCAAUGCCCAACGCCAGGCCAGCCAAGCCCUUGGCCCCUUCCUUGGUACUCAGCCCAUCCCCAGGAGCCUCGCCCAGCUGGAGGGCUGCACCCAAGGCCUCAGACCAGCUGGGAGCCAAGGGCCCGGGGACAACCUUCCAGGGCCGGGAUCUCCGAGGUGCGGCUCACGCCUCCUCUUCCUCCUUGAACCCCAUGCCACCAUCGCAGCUGCAGCUGCCCACAGUGCCCCUCGUCAUGGUGGCACCCUCCGGAGCACGGCUGGGUCCCUCGCCCCACUUGCAGGCACUCCUCCAGGACAGGCCACACUUUGUGCACCAGCUCUCAACGGUGGAUGCCCACGCGCGGACCCCUGUGCUGCAGGUGCGCCCACUGGACAGCCCAGCUAUGAUCAGCCUCCCGCCACCCACUGCUGCUACGGGGGUCUUCUCCCUCAAGGCCCGGCCCGGCCUGCCACCUGGGAUCAACGUGGCCAGCCUGGAAUGGGUGUCCAGGGAGCCAGCACUGCUCUGCACCUUCCCAAGCCCCGGUGUGCCCAGGAAGGACAGGUCAGUGUGCAGGGCUGGGAAGGACCCUUGCCCUGGCAUCCCCUCCUCUGACACACUUUGUCCCCCCAGCACCCUUUCAACCAUGCCCCAGGGCUCCUACUCACUGCUAGCAAAUGGUGUCUGCAAGUGGCCCGGAUGUGAGAAGGUCUUCGAGGAGCCAGAGGACUUCCUCAAGCACUGCCAGGCAGACCAUCUCCUGGAUGAGAAGGGCAGGGCGCAGUGUCUCCUCCAGAGGGAGGUGGUGCAGUCUCUGGAGCAACAGCUGGUGCUGGAGAAGGAGAAGCUGGGUGCUAUGCAAGCCCACCUGGCUGGGAAGAUGGCCCCAACCAAGGCUCCAUCCACGGCAUCAUCCGACAAGGGCUCCUGCUGUAUCGUAGCCACUGGCACCCCGGGCACCACUGUCCCAGCCUGGCCGGGUCCCCAAGAGGCCCCUGAAGGCCUGUUUGCUGUGCGGAGGCACCUCUGGGGCAGCCAUGCAAACAGCACGAUCCCAGGCAUGCAGACUCGACAGCUGGUCAGUCGAGAGCAGAGGGGGCCUGAUCCCUCCGUACCUCUGACAGAGUUCUUCCACAACAUGGACUACUUCAAGUUCCACAACAUGCGGCCCCCUUUCACCUAUGCCACCCUCAUCCGCUGGGCCAUCCUGGAGGCUCCCGAGAAGCAGAGGACACUCAACGAGAUCUAUCACUGGUUCACACGCAUGUUCGCCUUCUUCAGAAACCACCCUGCCACCUGGAAGAACGCCAUCCGCCACAACCUGAGCCUGCACAAGUGCUUCGUGCGCGUGGAGAGCGAGAAGGGGGCCGUGUGGACCGUGGAUGAGUUUGAGUUCCGCAAGAAGAGGAGCCAGAGGCCCAGCAGGUGUUCCAACCCCACACCCAGCUCCUGACCUCAAAGCCAAGG